AUGAAGAUGGAAACGUUGCGACGGGCGUACGGCAUCGCGGAGCCCGUGCGCCGCGGCAUGGAACUCAAGCUCGUUCGGGAUGGAACCUUCCGUCCUGCCGUGUUGGGCGGCACGAAGGGGGGAAAUGUGCAUGAAGAUAUUUUGACGUUGGGUGGUCGGGAUGCUGAAAUUGGUUGGGAGGAUGUGUUUCACGGAGAUGAGUUCAGGGAACCGCCUGCUUUCCAUGAUGAGAUGGAGAAGAGGUUGCGGAUGCACCAUUGA